AUGAAUGUUCCAUCGACGAGUCCAACUCGACUUCGGCAAAUCGCCCUGAUUGCCAAAGACAUAGCACGGGCGAGGUAUCUUCUUACCACCAUUCUCGACACGGAAGUGGUCUAUGUUGACCCAGACGUAUCUCGUUGGGGAAUUGAGAACAUACUAGGCGGCGACAUAAUCGAAGUCUGCUCCCCUCUCAAAGCGGGGCUUCACACGCCCGUCGGCCGCCAACUCGCCAAACGCGACAUCGACGCCGGAGGAUACAUGAUGAUAAUGCAGACCGUCGACGCCGACGCACGGAGACGGUACAUUGAGUCUCACGGGUUGGCAAGUGUCGUCUUCAGCCAUUCUCACCCCGGGUCCGGCACCGCCGACAACGCCAUUGAACCCGAGAGUGUAUGCAUCCAAUACCACCCGCGCGGCGUCCCGGGGGGGAUCAUGCCGGAACUCGACUCCCACGCCACGACGGCUCAGAAUCCAAGUCCCCUUGCGGAGUAUAGCCCCUGGCACGCCUGCGGACCCGGCUCAUAUUACCCAGUCUACUCUGCUGCCAUGAGACGGAACUCUCACCUGCGACUCGUCGGUGCGACAUUGCGCUUGUCUCCCGACCACGGCGUCACCACACCACACGCCGCGGCACGUAAAUGGCACGACUUGUUCGGCAUCCCGUACCAAGACGACGAGUUGAUCUUUACGAAUUCACGUGUCAGAUUCCUCCCUGCCUCCCCCGGUCAGCCCGAAGGGCUGGAAAGCAUCACCAUCCAAGUCACGGGGAAACCGAGAUUCGAUAACCUCCUCAAACGGGUAGCGGACGAAGGGCUCUGUGGUGACGGGUGGACCAACAUGCUCGGUGUCAAGUGGUAUUUUGUUCUCAAGGACGAGUCAGACUCUGGCUCAUACUCGACCACCCGUCAAAACUCGGACCCGAUCAAACCGAGUAGCAAGCUAUAG